AUGGUCAUUGGACCAUAUCAGUUUCGUAAUAGGAGUACCUCUUGUGUGUUGAGGCUCUAUCUUCUUUGACUUGUGUACAAAGCUCGUACAUAGUAAGAAGGGGUAUCAUUUGUUAACUGUACAAUAUCAGUAUUUUAGGAUGAAGUUUGAUCUUAUUCUAGAGGAUCACCUUGGACCGUUUGGCCCAUAUCAGAAACGGAUUUUCCUUUUGUUAUGUAUGCCUGCAGUAUUUGCCGGGCUGCAGUUGUUGAGCCAUGUCUUCACGCUCAAUGUACCUAAACACAGAUGUGCUCUUCCUGGGAUCGCCAACGACACCUUUGCCAUACAAGGGCCUCACCAUGAGCUGCUUCUCAACGCCACCAUCCCCUGGAAGAUAGUAAAAGGUACCAAUGUCAGAGACCCCUGUCACAUUUACAAGGAAGAUGUUCUGGUGGGUAAAAACAGAACAACACAGGAAUGCCGUGUCUGGGUGUACGACAAGUCCAUUUUCAAGAGCACUGCUGUUACAGAGUUGAACAUGGUGUGCAGCAACAGCAACUUGAGGUCUUUGACAAACAGUGUUUUAUUUGUGGGUCUUCUCAGUGGAUCAGUCAUUUCUGGCAUCGUAUCGGAUCUGUUUGGACGCAAGCAGGUGCUACUGAUGGCUGCAGUACUUCACCUUGGCUCCGGCAUAGGAACAGCCUUUUCCCCAAACUUCGUGGCUUUUGUCAUAUUUAGAUUCUUCAAUGGGGCUUCUAGCAUUACACUUUUGAUAUCAUCAUUUGUUUUCGUAUUGGAACUCGUUGGACCAUCCAAACGUACAUUGGCUGGUGUGAUCAACAAGCUCUUCUGGUGCUCGGGUUUGUUCAUGGUGGGGGGUUUCGCAUACUUCAUCCGAGACUGGCAUCUCUUGCAACUCUCCAUUUCUGCUCCUGUGGCCCUCCUCUUUGGAUUAUAUUGCCUAGUUCCAGAGUCUCCAAGAUGGUUGUUAUCCCGAGGUCGUGAGAUUGAGGCAGAGAAGAUUCUGCGAGAUGCAGCACACGUGAAUGGAGUGAGUCUGCCCGACGUGCUCUUUGACAACGACACUCUUGAUAACGGUCCAUCAACAAAGAUUACGGAGAUGUUCAAAUCACAUGUCCUCCUAACAAGAACACUCAUAAUUUUCUUCAACUGGUUUGUGAUCAUCAUGGUGUUUUACGGCCUAGCCCUCAACGUCGACGAUCUGGUUGGUGACAUCUUCCUGAACUACACCAUUGGGAAUAUCGCGGAGGUCACGGCCAUCGUCCUCAGUUUGUUUCUUAUGGACAAACUGGGCAGAAAAGUUCUUCAUUGCGGAAACAUGUUGCUAGGAGGGACUGCCUGUCUUGCCACAAUCUUCCCCAUAAUGUAUGGAACUAAAGAACACGAAUGGAUCACAAUAACCCUGACCAUGAUUGGACGAUUUGGAGCAACUGAUUGCAUUAUUUACGUAUUUUCUGCGGAACUGUUUCCAACGGUUGUAAGAAACUCUGGAAUUGGCAGCAGCUCCCUUUCUGGACGUGUUGGUGCCAUCAUCUCCCCUCAUAUUGUUAGUCUGGGUAUCAUGGUUGGUGGGGAUUUCGGCAGGGCUCUCCCCAGCACCGUGUUUGGCGCUCUGAGUGUGGUGGCGGGAAUACUUGCCCUAUGGCUUCCAGAAACGAUGCAUAAAGAGCUACCGGAAACCAUCGACGAUGCAAUACAGUUUGGGAAACAGUAACAGACCGCCUCAUUUUUCGUGCAUGCAUGCGAGGAAGCUGAUGAAGUGUGUGAAACAGAGACGACGGAGUCAGCUGAGAAACAAGUUCUGAUUAAAUUCUUGUUUAAAACGGACAUGUCAAAUGGAAAACACAGAGACAUGAAGACUAUAUAUGCGAAUGACAAUCGAGUUGCUGAAUAUUAAGGAAGGCCGAUAAAUGUUGGAAGUGACUCAGGACGAAGCCUAGGGCAUCAUCAUGUUGAGUCAUACAUAGUGGAUACAUUUUACCUCAACCCGACCAAACACGCACAACAGGGGGCAGUACGUGAAGCGGUUUCGUCUAUCUACGACUGUUUGCGGAUAAUUAUUUACCUUUGUAACGAGGUUUAACUAUCAAUACAAUUGUGCUACAGUCCUACUUAGGAGGGGGGGCACAGACAUUAAGGUUUUCUCUCAUAAGGGUUUUCAGACAAAUAUAAUCAAGAGCAUCAUUAGUAUGUGUGAGACCACUUCCUGGGGUACUAUUAACAAUUCAAUCUGCUGAAAUCCGCACUUUCGAUCACAGUGUUAAACAUGUUGUGAUUAUCAGUAUGUGUGAACAUUUAUUUGGAUAAACAUAUGGUCGCGUG